GACAAGAUGGACGAUGAGCUUUUGCUCGGCCACUUCGUUGUGGGGAGGAAGAGGAAGAGGGACGCAUCCAGGCAAAGCAAAAACAAGUGCUCUUCCUUGUGUGGAGAAGAUAGUCCUCCACGUGAGCUGGUCAUGGUCGAGGUGGAAGACUAGGAUGACGCGGCUCUGGCGGCAGGGGCGAUGGCGAUCAGCUUCCCGUCGUGUUCCCUGAUGCUGGGUGGCGACCAAGCCGGGUCAUCCCAAAGGGCCUUCUCGGAGCGACCUCAUUCCCCACCAGUAGUGACCUACGAGGUGGCGACCGAGGGUCGCUCGACGAGGUUCAACAUCCCUACCCUGUCCCUAAGUCUAGGGGACAUGCAAUUGGAAACCCUGGUCACCUUGCCCGCACAGGAUCGAGCUCGCAUCUGUGCUGGUUCUGAGGACGAUCUUAACAACAUAGUUCUCCUGAAGCCGAGCCAGACCGCCAAGCUGCUAUGGAUGAAGCGAGGAAGGCGGCGGAAGAUAAGAAGAGAGAGCUGCAGGAGGAAGUCGCUCGCCUCUAGGGAGUUAGAAGAGGAGAAAGGUCGCUUCGCCGUCCUUGAGACUAAGAACGCCUCCAUAUCUUCUGAAUUGGGUUCCGUUCCUGCUCGCGUAACUGAGUUGGAGGUAGAGAGGAGCGACCAGGCCCGGCACAUGGAGGAAGCAAUCGAGUCAUUGAACAAGUUCAGCGCAUGGAGGAAGCGACCAGGCCCGACUGUGGCCCUCGGUGAAACUGCCGCCUAUUCCACCAAACCCUUAUGAUGACUUCAGCGCAGCGGGUAAGGCACUUCUAGCCAACCGUCUGCCCAAUGGAGGGGUUGACUGGGAUGCUCCAUGCCAUAUCCACCAAUCGCAUUGUAUGGCUUGGGAAAGUGUGCAAGACGAGCACUUGCCUCUCUUGGAGCAUGAAGGAGCAUACCCCACAAGUUUGGAGCGGUGGACUAGCGAGGGUCGCACGAACUCGCCGGUGCGGCCUAAUGAAAAGGUUGUGGUUAG